UUCAAACUAUAAUAAAUUUUAGCUUUUUAAAUACUUUUCGGCGUGUAAUUCUCGAUUUAUACGUCGGUUUUAUCCAAUUACAAUCAAUCCCCUUUAAACUUGCUUUCUCGAGUCAUUGAUCGAGUGAGAUGGGUGUUGGAAAUGUCACGGUCACGAUGGCGCCACCCGCCGACAUUGGACUCUUUGGGGCGUGGUCCCCGUACAUCUUGUGGGUCGAAGUAGGCUUUGCGGUGUUCCUCGUGCUCCUCCUCCAUGCGAUAUACACCCAACCGGCGUGGCUCACCCAAGUCCUUCGCACACGGUUCCCAUGUGCGAUUUGGUGCGCGAACACCCGGCUUCCUGUCGCUGCGCUGACCAUCGAUGACGCUCCCAGCAACUCGACUGAGGCUAUUCUCGACGUUCUCAAGGCGCACAACGUGAAGGCAACGUUCUUCAUCAUCCACGGCAACGUUGCCGGUCGCGAACACGUCCUGAAGCGCAUCGUCGCGGAAGGUCAUGUGUUGGGCAAUCACUUUGUGCGCGACGAAGCAAGCAUCAAAGACCCGCUCCAUGUGUUCGAGGCCAAGCUCCUUCAGUGCAACGACACGCUAUUGACGUACCAAAGCCGCAUCCGAUACGCCCGUCCUGGCUCUGGGUGGUUCAACAAGGGCAUGGAAGGCGUGGCGGAGAAGCACGGGUACCGCUUCGUCAUGGGCAGCGUCUAUCCCCACGACGCUCAGAUCAAGAUUGCCAAAGUGAACGAGUGGUAUUUGCGUGCUUUGACUCGGUGCGGCAGUCUCUUGAUCGUCCACGAUCGGCCGUGGUCCGUCGCCGUGUUGCGCGGGGCCCUGGAGCACUUGACCAAAAAGUUCAAGUUCGUGUCCCUAGAGGAACUCGAAGAGAUCGAUGCUGCGGACGACCAGAACGCCGUCGCGCUGGCCAAGAAGGUCGACGGCGACCUCCCCCAAGCUGAGGCGGAGCGUCAAACACUCCUUGAAAAGUAAAUGGUUGCCACCUCCACACAUUUUAUACUUGCUUUCUUGCUUAGUGUGUUGUUCGUGUGGCGCCAUGUAGAGCAGAUGGACGUUGC